CUGAGCUUUUAGAAAAGUCUACCUUGAAUGUCGGAUUUGCUUCUACAGUGUUUACAUAUUCAUUGACAUUAAUGUUUUCUACCUGUGUUAACCAUGGCUGUUCAUAAAUUGACCAAACCUCAUCAGCCAGAGCAAUGUGCAUUCCUUUACAUAUGUGCUUUGGUUCAGUUGUUGGGUUGGCAAUCAGAAUUUUGUUUUCUUUUGCAUUUGGUGUGACCACUGCCUCAAUGAGUGCAAGAUGGUCCUUCUCAAGCCUUUGGUCCAGUGAGUGUACAAGUGCCAACUUUUCUCCACCAUUAGUUUUAAUUUUCACUGAAACAAGUCCGUGUUUUCCUGGUAAAAUUGUUUUAGCUUCAAUAGCUGCUACACGCAUGUUUUUUGACUUUGACUUAUUUUUAUCUGAAUAA